AAGACAGACAAAGAGAGAGAGAGUGAGUCGUCGGCCUGUUCCCGGAGAGGAAAAGCUCGCCGCCGGCAUCGACCGGGCACCCCCGCCGUGACAAGUGAGAACCGCGGCGCGUUUCCCGCUGCUUGCUUCGCCCGCCCGUUGCCCCCCUGGCCCUAAUCGGAAGCUGCUGAGCUGCGUAGUAGACGCGCGCAUAGCUGCUGCGGAAGCCAUCGAUCGAUUCCUCAAUCCCCAGCGCUUGUUAAACGAAUCGCCCGAUCCAGCUUGAAAUUCCUAGGUUUGCAUCUCCCCCCGAGAGCUCCGGGCCACCGUGCGAGCAGGAACCAGAAGGGUGAUGGAUAGAGAAGGAGAUGGCUCUGAUCUGGAGCUGCAGAAGCAACAAUGGGCGAGGACGCAGGAUGCGCUCAAGGGUAGGCUCGUUCUCGAGGAUGAUUUCGAGUGGUCUUUACCUUCGGCGAGCUCGAACUCGGAUCAGGGUGAUGCCAGGAGCAAGCUGAAGUAUAUAGGUGGGGUUGACAUUAGCUUCCUGAAAGAAGACCCGUCUACGGCGUGUGCCGCGGUGGUGGUUCUGGAUGCCAAUACCUUGGAAAUCGUCCAUGAGGAGUUCGAUGUCGUCCGGAUGCAAGUGCCGUACAUUCCUGGUUUUCUUGCUUUCAGAGAGGCCCCCAUUCUUCUAGGACUCCUGGAGAAGAUGAAGAUCAAUGCUCAUCAUUUCUACCCUCAGUUACUCAUGGUUGAUGGAAAUGGGUUACUCCAUCCACGAGGUUUUGGUUUAGCAUGUCAUCUUGGUGUCCUUGCAGACCUGCCGACCAUCGGAGUGGGAAAAAAUUUGCACCAUGUGGAUGGUCUUGACCAAUCUGAAGUCAGAAGACAGCUUGAAGCUGAAGGAAACUGCAACAAGGAAUGUAUUUCAUUGACUGGACAGUCGGGGACGAUAUGGGGAGCGGCAAUGCGUUCAUCCCCUGGUUCAUUGAGGCCAAUCUACAUCUCAGUUGGUCAUCGCAUUUCGCUCGACUCUGCCAUUGGGAUAGUGAAGUACUGCUGCAGAUAUCGUGUUCCAGAGCCUACACGCCAGGCUGAUAUAAGAUCGAAGGUAUUCCUCCAAAAGCACCAAAGAUUACAGCAGUAACAAGAUUCGACAAUGGCAAACAGUACCCUUGGGAAAAGCACCGGUAUACAUUCCAGUACAAUAAAACCAUGAUGGGAAGGCAUUGUACUGCUGUAAAUCUCCAGCGUAUCUUGCAUUUAAUCUGAUAGAUUUUCUUCUCGAAGGGAUUUUACCGAGAUUAACAGCAUAUAUAUUUUUGAUUGACCAAAUCUUAUGCUCUUUAAUGCACACUGCCUGUAUAAACAUGGGGAGACGAGAUACCAGCAGUGCAGCAUAUACAAAGAACACUUCUGCUUAAUUUCCAGAGACGUAUGUAGACAACGGUGAGAUGGCUGCAACUUUUCACUCUGUCAUUUGCAAGAUCCUUGUUAUUGCUAUGGUUUGUGCUGCCCUCCUUUUCUCAUCAGGUAUGGAUGCUUCUCUACUCCAUCCAAAUCUGCUUUUGUGAAUCUAAGAUCAGCACAAUUUUUCAUCUGUACAACCUCUACUCUUAAAUCUGUAGUGUAAGCUGUAACUGGUUAAAUGCACUAGCCCUCAGAAGUUAGCAGCACUUCUCAUCCAAAUACACACAUCUUGUGACCUGAUAAAACAUCAUUCAGGACAUAUCUUGUUACUUUUCUCUGUUACAAAUUGGACCUUAACGUUAGGGUUUUGGAUGCAGGAACAGCGCAGUACAUGUGCAUGGGCAAAUGCGCGGACAUACCCGACUGCGACAACUAUUGCAAGACGAAGGGAGUGUACCCCAAGGGAGGGGUGUGCCUGCCCCUCCACCAUUACUGCUGCUGUUACAUUUAGCGGGGUCUGAGGACGGCCGCCUCUUUCCCCAUGAUUUUUUUGUUAUCGGUCGUUGAUUGUGAAAUCGAUGGCAUCUGAAUAAAAUGGAAA